AUGCGCCCACCCGCUCGGCUCCCUCGCUCUCUCGCUCGCUCCCCUCCGCCGCUCAGCCCGGCCCCGCCCGCGCCCUUCUCGCGAGACCAGCUUUCCCCGCCCCGAGACGCCUGGGCCCGCCCCUCGAGCGUUCUCAUUGGGCGCGCUCGCCACCGCUCAGCCCGCCGGGAACUUCCGGCCCCGCCCCGGAAGUUUUCCAGAGCGGAGCCCCACUUCCGGCGCCGGUGGGACCGCGGGGCGGAGGCAGUCCCGGGGAUCGGGCUUUGCGAGCGACAGCUGAGCUGGAGGCUCCGGAGCCCCGCCGGGGGGAACCCAGGCUGCGCGCGGUGUGGCCUGGGGGGUGCGUCGCCGUCCGGGUCCGGGUGCCUAGGCCGGGCCUGCGCCCUGCGCCCCCUGCUGGCGCUCCUGCCCGGGGACGGGGGGCGCUGCCCGGUGAGCAGAUCUUACGGGGACGUGAGCGCCUGGUGCCAGAUAGCCGAGGCGGAGGGAGAAGGAGGACAGCCAGCCGACGCAGUGGAGCCUUGCGUUCCCGGCCCAGACCGCAGCCCCACGAGCCAGCCCGGGUGUGAGUCCGUGUGGCUCGCAGAGCAGUCGAGUUUCGGUUUCACAGGGGAUGUCAGGCCUUACAGAAAGACCAGAGGAAAAGAACUGGAGGCCAAACCUGAUAUAACUCAGCAGGUGGUAACAGCGGCGUUUCCGGCCCCCGGGGAAAGAAUGGGGGCCGCAGACAACUCACCGGAAUAAGCGUCUGUAAGAGCCCUGAGAGAAAAUGACGGCAAAUACAAGACCUCAUGAGGGGGAUGCAUUUCCAAGCCUCCCACGAAAGCCCUCAAGGAGACGUUUGUGGAUUUAAUUUCAUAAAGACUUUAAAACUAAUCUGUGUAAAAAUCAUUUCUGUUUACAGCAAACUGAAAAAAAUAUUGGAAAUACA